AUGACGCGAUGCCGCAGACGUCGACGCGCUCGAAGCUUCAUGUCCGCGGACGCGAAGAAGCUCGCCGCGAACGCGCGGGCGCAGAUUGAACGCUUGCUCACGCAGCUCGCCGAUCUGGAGACGUUCCGAGAGGACUUCGACGAGGAGGAGAUUCAAGAGAUCAAGGCGCAGACGCUGGAACAGUUGGAGGCGUUCAGGGCGUCGUUGAUAAAAUUGGAUAGUGGAAGCGUGGAACUGCGGGAUGAGAUGCAGAUCAUGCGAGACGCGACGACGGCGGCGAUCAAGGCUGCGUUUAAGACGCCGGAGGUGCUCAGAAUGUUUGUGAUGAAGCAACCCGAGGCGUUGCGGGAACGCUUGAGACGCGCCGAGCGGGACGCGCAGUUGGGGAAGAUGACGGCGGAGGGGGCGAAGACGGAGCGGGUGGAGGUUUUGACGGCGCUGAAAAAGUUGGGGGCGCCCUUGGAAGAUGGAGAGUUAGAGUUCUUGAGGGCACACAUGACUGCGGGAUUGGCAGACUUUGUCGAGGAAAAAUAG